AUGGUAGGUUUGAGAGUAGAGGUAGCUAAUGCUCAGUUAUAUAGAAAAAUUGGAGAGAAACUCCUCCCUUACUGGACCAUAGUGGUGGAUCCAUCAGGGCAUGGAAACUUCUCUACCAUACAAGCUGCCAUUGAUUCAGUCCCUUCUAACAAUAGGUAUUGGGUUUCCAUCAAGGUGAAGGCAGGCACCUACAGAGAAAAAGUGAAGAUUCCUAAUGAUAAGCCUAACAUCAUACUAAAAGGAGAGGGAAAGAGGAAAACUUUUGUUGAGUGGGAUGAUCAUGACACUACCUCACAGAGUCCUACGUUCGCAGCCAUGGCUGACAAUACUGUUGUCAAAUCCAUGAGCUUUAGGAACUCAUACAACAAUCCAAUAAACAAUAAACCGAAGGUACCUGCCGUAGCUGCGAUGAUAAGCGGCGACAAAUCUUAUUUUUAUAGAGUUGGCUUCUUUGGUUUGCAAGACACUUUGUGGGACGACGCAGGAAGACAUUACUACAAGCUUUGUACCAUUCAAGGGGCUAUUGAUUUUAUCUUUGGUGCAGCCCAGUCUUUAUUUGAGAGGUGUUCCAUAUCUGUCAUUGGUGCAGCUCUAGAUCCUGGGCUUCCAGGUUUUAUUACAGCGCAAGGGAGAACAAAUCCAAAUGAUGCAAAUGGGUUUGUUUUCAAAGACUGUCAUGUGUUUGGAAAUGGCACAACUUACUUGGGAAGGCCUUGGAGAAGUUACGCUAAAGUUUUGUUCUACAACACCAGCAUGUCCAACGUUGUACAACCUUCUGGGUGGGACGCAUGGCAUUUCGUUGGACACGAGAAUCGCAUAACAUUUGUGGAGUAUGGGAAUUUUGGAGCUGGUUCUAACACUUCCAAGCGAGUGAGUUGGACUAAGAAGUUGGGUUUAAAAGCAAUUCAGAAGAUGUCAAGUAUGAACUUCAUUGACACUGAAGGAUGGCUUCAGAACCAACAGUUCUAA